GAAAUUAAAUUUCUAAGAAAAAAAAUAGUACGAAUUGUUAAUCAAUUGAUUAAUUAAUUAUUUUUAAAAAAUUAGUUAUGAAUUGAUAAGAGAUUGAUUGAAUUUAAAAUAAAAAAAUAAUAAUAUCAGUAAAAUGAAUUUACAUGAGUGUAUUUUGGAUGUUUCUAAUGUGUCAUACUCAACAUCAGUUUUAAUCGAAGGUGGGAGUUGUAUAUCAAAAUCUGAACCAACAGCAGUGUUGAGAGAUGUGUCAGUCAAAGUACAUGGAGGCGAAGUUUUGGCAGUUCUGGGUUCAAAGGGAUCCGGAAAACGAGCGCUACUUGACGUUAUUGCUGGAAGAGCAAGAGGUGAGAAACGCGGAAGGAUAACUCUCGGCGGAAGCUUACUAACACAUGAAUUAUUUCGACGUCAUGGUGGAUACGUAGCACAUAGAUGUUACUUAUUACCAAGUCUAACAGUCCGUCAAACUUUAACUUAUGCCACUUGGUUAGCUAAUUUGAACAAUCGUGAGCUUCGUGUACGUCAAACUUUAGCUGACUUGGCGUUAUCUCAAGUAGCGAAUAGAUCAGUUAACGAUCUUACAAAACCGGAAUACCGCCGAUUGAUGUUAGGAGUACAGCUUGCAAAAGAUCCAAUGCUUUUACUUCUUGAUGAACCAACAUGGGAUACUGAUCCAUUGAAUACUUAUUUAAUUGUUUCAAUGCUGUGGUCAUAUGCAACUAGACGUGGUUCAAUUGUUGUAUUGACAAUGGAAACACCAAGAUCAGAUGUUUUACCUUUUGUAAGUCGAGUUACACUUUUGUGUCUCGGAGCUGUUGUUUACUCCGGGCCAACAAGAAGUAUGUUGGAUUACUUCACCUACAUCGGAUUUCCUUGUCCUGAAUUAGAGAAUCCAUUGAUGUAUUACCUAUGUCUGUCAACAGUAGACCGUAGAUCACGUGAAAGGUUUUUAGAAUCUAAUCAACAGAUAUUAAAUCUUGUUGAAAAAUUUAAAGCAGAAGGUGGUUUAUAUAUUAAAGAAGCCCCGCAAGGAUCUGCUAGUGUUAAAGAAACACCUGUUGGGUAUUUACAUAAAGGAUUAGGACGUGGUAUUAAACCGGGAUGUUUUUCUACACUUCUUGCUUUGUAUUUAAGAGGAAUGGCAGCGACCUUUUCAUUUAAUAAAUCAGGCUUAGGACACUUUGCCGCUCGUCUUUUGAUGUUACCAUUUUGCAUAUCUUUAUUAACUAUUUUGUACUCAAACUCCAGUCCUAUGCAGUCGAGAAUAUUUUUACAAAUAGGAGGUCUUGUGUUUAAUUGUUUGGUAUUAUUCUAUAUUGCUGGAAUAGCUACAACGGCUCUAUUGUUUCCGGGAUUUCGUGCGAGAUAUUAUCAAGAAAAAAGAGAAGGAUUGUAUGGUGGAGCAAUGUUUUUAUCUUCAUAUACAUUACUAAGUUUGCCAUUAAGUUUUAUUUCAACUAUUAUUACUGUUGGAAUUUUGGUACCCAUAUUAGAAUUGGAUGCAGUCUCGUGGGCGUAUGCUUCAGGUACCCUUUGGGCAAGUUAUGUAGCAGCGGAACAAAUAACGGUGGCAUUUUUUAUGGUUAUCAAACGACCAUUAACAGGCGCUAUUGCUGUUCUGUAUGUUAUUUUAGUAUUAUUACUUAUUGCUUCGGGUGGAGUCCGUAGUCUUAGAAAUCUACCCAAUUGGCUGGCGACUAUCUCAAUAGCACUACCAACAAGAUAUGCAUCAUUAGCAAUGAACCAACUUACCGUUGAUAUACCAACGUUUUUAAAUUUACCAUAUAACGAGAGCUUAUCGUGUCCUGGUAUACCUGGACUGUGUAGAUAUCCAGACGGACGAGCAUAUUUAGUCGAACGUUUCACACGCGAAGGUCAAAAUAUAUCACAAGUAUUGAAUGUUGAUCUUAAUUUACUUAUUUCACUGGCAAUCGCAUUUGCACUGGUAAUUUUUAAUAGUAUUAUUUACCUUGUGCCCCUGCCAGCUAAAGUUAAAGCCAAGUUCCGCGAAUAAUAAAAAUAUUUGUUAACGA